GUUACACAUUGGUUUUGAGUUACUUUACUAUCAACCCUUUUUUUUUAAGACAUUCAGAAGAUCCCAGAAAAAAAGAAUGGCUCAGAAAAGCAAGAUUUUGAUCAUCGGUGGAACAGGGUACAUUGGCAAGUUCGUUGUCGAGGCAAGCUUGAAAGAAGGCCAUCCGACCUUUGUUUUGGUUAGGGAAAGCACCGUUUCUGAUGCUGUUAAGGGAAAACUGGUCGAAACUUUCAAGACUUCCGGCGCUACAUUGGUUUAUGGUGAUUUGUACGAUCAUGGUAGCUUGGUGAAAGCCAUAAAAGAGGUUGAUGUGGUUAUAUCAACUGUUGGCCACCAACAAUUGAAUGAUCAGACCAAGAUCCUUGAUGCAAUCAAAGAAGCCGGAAAUGUUAAGAAAUUCUACCCAUCAGAAUUUGGGAUUGAUGUGGAUCGCCACCAUGCAGUUGAGCCAGCCAAAUCCACAUUUGGUGGAAAGUCUCAAUUGCGCAGAGGGAUUGAAGCAGCAGGAAUUCCGCACACAUAUCUUGUAUCCAAUGCUUUUGCAGGUUAUUUUCUCCCAACUCUGGUCCAACCAGGCGCCACUGCUCCACCCCGCGAUAAAGUUGUGAUCUUGGGAGAUGGAAAUGCCAAAGCUGUUUUCAAUGAAGAACAUGAUAUUGGUACAUUUACCAUCAAAUCUGUGGAUGACCCGAGGACACUGAAUAAGAUUGUGUACAUCAGGCCUCCCAAAAACGCUGUGUCAUUCAAUGAGAUUGUGGCAAUCUGGGAGAAGAAGAUUGGCAAAACUCUGGAGAAAGAAUAUGUUCCUGAGGAACAACUUCUGAAACAAAUUCAAGGUUCUCAAUACUGAGCAAGAUUAACAAAUUACAUUGUGUUAAUUUUCUUUUUUUCUUCUUCAAACUUUUUUCCUGAUUAAUAAUGUAUUUGUUGUUUAUGCAGAGUCACCAAUUCCGGUGAACGUGAUAUUAUCAAUCAACCAUGCAAUUCUGGUGAAGGGUGACACGACCAACUUUGAAAUCGAGCCAUCUUUUGGUGUGGAGGCUUCUGAGCUUUAUCCUGAGGUCAAGUACACCACCGUGCAGGAGUACAUUGAGAAACUUGCUUGAAUUUCCUAAGUCUUGAUAGGUGUUUUUUUUCUUUUUUUUCCUCCUCCUCUACAGAAGAAACGUUGAGCCUAAUGUUUUCAUAGGUGUUUGCCUCCUCUUUGUAACAAAUAAAUAAAUAAAUAUAUAAAAACAUGUUCCUGUUUGAUAAUUUUGCCAUUUUGAGAUUACUAUUAAUAUGUGUAAUUUGUUCUGUUUGGGGUAUUUAUAAAAGUUGAAAUUCAAGUACCUAAGCCAAAAUGUACCCAUGUUGUUAAUUAAUCCAAAGAUUGAGAGAACAAUUCUGAAUAGAAAUCACCUGUAAACAUUAAGG